AUGGGCUUUGACGCAAUGUUUUGUUGUGUGAAGGGUUCAGAUCGGAAAAAACAAGGGAAAAAGGAGACAACUUGGAGGAUUUUCUCUCUGAAAGAACUGCAAUUGGCUACAAAUAAUUUCAACUAUGAUAACAAGCUUGGAGAAGGUGGGUUUGGCAGUGUUUAUUGGGGCCAGCUCUGGGAUGGUUCUCAAAUAGCAGUGAAAAGGCUAAAGUCAUGGAGUAACAAAGCAGAGGUGGAGUUUUCUGUUGAAGUCGAGAUUCUUGCUCGUGUGCGGCACAAGAAUCUACUAACUUUACGUGGCUGUUGUUCGGAAGGUCAAGAACGUCUUAUUGUCUAUGAUUAUAUGACUAAUUUGAGCUUAACAUCUCAUCUUCACGGGCAGCAUUCGGCUGAGUGUCAUCUCGACUGGGCCAGGAGGAUGGAAAUUGCUAUUGGGGCUGCCGAGGGCAUUGCCUACCUACACCACCAUGCAACCCCUCACAUCAUCCACCGGGACAUCAAGGCCAGCAACAUCCUCCUCGACUCUGAUUUCAAAGCCCAAGUGGCCGAUUUUGGGUUCGCACGUCUCGUCCCCGACGGCGCAACCCACGUGACCACCAAUAUCAAAGGCACCCUCGGCUACCUCGCUCCCGAGUACGCCAUGCUUGGCAAGGCCUCCGAGGCUUGCGAUGUCUACAGUUUCGGAAUCCUCUUGCUCGAGCUUGCUACGGGCCGCAAGCCCCUAGAGAAGAUGGGCCCUUCUCACAGACGGCCCAUCACCGAAUGGGUCCUGCCGUUGGCCCGCGAGAGAAAGUUCGACGAGCUGGCGGACCCAAAGCUGAGUGGGAAGUAUUCGGAGGAAGAACUGAAGCGGGUUGUUUUGAUUGGGCUCGUGUGCGCCCACAGCCAGCCCGAGAAGAGGCCCAUAAUGCUCGAGGUGGUCGAGCUUUUGAGAGGGGAUAAUAAGGAGAGGUUCCGUGUUUUGGAAAGUCAUGAGAUGUUUGAGCGAGGCGGGGAAUCUGUGGAGGAUAAUGGUGUGAAGGAGCCAAAGGAAGAAGAAGAGCAAGAAAAGCAAGAAAUUGCUGUGUGA